CAGAGCAACAUGAAAUUCUUAAUUGUAUUCGCUUUGGCUUUGGCCACAGCUUCAGCCUUCGAUUUACGCAGCAAUGAUAUCGUAUCUCGCAGUCUUGUUGUAGAACCUGAGGGUCGCAUUACAAAUGGUCAAGAUGCUGAAUUGGGUCAAUUCCCCUACCAAGUGGGUCUAUCCUUGAAACUUAGUGCCACCGAGUCCUCCUGGUGUGGUGGUUCUGUGAUCGGCAACGAAUGGGUAUUGACUGCUGCUCACUGUACCGAUGGUGUUAAAUCUGUUACUGUGUAUUUGGGUGCCACCGUUCGCACAAAUGCUGAAGUUAAAUACACCGUUAGCCCCAGCGAUAUCAUCAUUCAUGCUGGCUGGAACAGCGAUACUUUGAAGAACGACAUUUCCUUGAUCAAGAUCCCUGCCACCGCUUACACCGCCAAGAUUCAACCCGUUGAAUUGCCCUCCAUUGCCAGCUCUUACUCCACCUAUGCUGGUGAAAAGGUUGUUGCUUCUGGCUGGGGUCUUAUUUCCGACUCAGCUACCAGUGUUACCAACGAUUUGCAAUGGGCUCGCAUGCAAGUCAUCACCAACUCCGUCUGUGCCAGAACUUAUGGUUCUACCAUUACCUCCUCCAAUUUGUGCGUCUCCACUCCCGGUGGUGUUUCCACCUGUAGAGGUGAUUCCGGUGGCCCAUUGGUUUUGGAAUCCAGCAAGGUUCAAGUUGGUUUGACUUCUUUCGGUUCUAUUGCUGGCUGUGCCAAGGGUUAUCCAGCUGCCUUCACUCGUGUCACCAGCUACUUGGAAUGGAUCGAAGCCAACACUGGCAUUUCCCACUAA